UUCGCAUGCUGCAUGCGACCGCAAAUUGGACCGGACGCAUUCUUCGAUCGGCUUCCUGUCCACGCGAUAUCGCCAUAACAAUUUUCUUUCGAGCACCCUCCUUCCCGCGUCCCUCGCGAUAAGAUUGUGCGGGGGGGGCGAUUGUCGAUUUGUUAAUUAUACGAUUAUCAUUAAUCACGCUCAUUUCUCUCUUUCUCCAGUGCCGCCACAGAAGAUCGUGAUCAUGGACGAAUCCGGAUCUCAGCUGACAUCAGUCGUCGGGCCCUUCUCCGAAGGAGCUUCCUUCACCCUCAGGUGCGACGUAUUCGGAGGUAAACCAUUACCGAUGGUGAUUUGGUAUAGGAAUGAGCUGCUCAUGAGUAACACGAGCGUCGCAUUACCAUCCGGAAGUACGACUCACGUUCGAAGCGAGUUGCGGAUUUCCAAUUUGGGGCGUCGCGACGUCCACUCGGAGCUCACGUGUCAGGCGUCCAACAACCCCAGGACCCCGCCGCUCGCCUCCACCCUUCACGUAGACAUGAACUUUGGUCCGCUCGACGUAAAGAUCCUUGGUGCAAAUCAGCCGCUCUCGGCCGGAAGAAGAUACGAUCUGCUGUGUCAAAGUUCAGGCUCGAGGCCACCGGCCAGCAUAACUUGGUGGCGGAACGGACAGAGGCUGGAUAGGACCAAAGAGACGACAUCGAAUGACGGAAACACAACAACGAGUACGUUGUCUUUCGUUGCAAGCAAGGACGAUGAUGCCAAGUACUUGUCGUGUCGUGCCGAGAACAAAGUCUUGUCGUCGGAGGGCCUAGAGGACGGAUGGAAAUUAGAGAUACACUAUACGCCAGAGGCGAAGAUAAUUCUGGGCACAUCCCUAAAUCCGGACAGCAUCCGCGAAGGGACCGACGUCUACUUCGAUUGCAUCAUCAACGCCCACCCCCAUGUCUACAAAGUGGAGUGGAGACACGAUGGCAAAAUGUUGAACCAUAAUGUGGGGUCCGGAAUAAUAAUCAGCAAUCAGAGUUUGGUGCUCCAAGGCGUUUCCAGAUCGACGGCCGGGAAUUACACGUGCGUCGGAUACAACACCGAAGGGGACGGAGAAAGCGGCGCCUUCUACCUCAACGUCAUGUUUUCCCCGACAUGCAAACCGAACCAGGUGCGGAUUUACGGUGUGGCCAAGCAGGAGCGCGCCCAAAUCUCCUGUCUGGUGGAGGCGAAUCCACCGGACGUCCAAUUCCGAUGGACAUUCAACAAUUCAGCGGAUUCCGUCGACGUGGCACAAUCGCACAUCGCCAGAAGUGGAACAUCCAGCGUCGUCUCUUACACCCCGAUGACCGAAUUGGACUACGGCACGCUCCUCUGUUACGCUUCCAACCGGAUCGGACAUCAGAGAGUACCGUGCGUCUUCCACAUCAUCGCCGCAGUAUACAGGGUGGGCAAUUUCGGAGGACGUCCGGACCAAGUGCACAACUGCACAAUUUCAAACAUUUCUAUGACAUCUUUUUCAAUAAGAUGUUCGGAGGGUUUCAACGGAGGAUUACCUCAGUCUUUUCUGCUCGAAGUUCGUGAGAGUCAUAGCCAAGAGAUGAAGAACAACCUGUCAUCGCCGGUGGCCAGGUUUGCAGUGACGGGUCUCGAGGCGGGCGCCCAAUACCAGGCUGGUGUAUUCUCCUACAAUUCGAAGGGUCGCAGCGAACCCGUCAUCCUGCAGGCUGCAACCCUCAGGCUACCCGAGAAACAAUUGACUGCUGAGAAGGAGAGUCAACGUUCCGGAUUCCGGUUCACGCCGAUGAUGAGUGUGUUGAUCGGCGUUGUUUCUGCCCUCUUGAUCGUUGCUUUGGUGGUGAUCCUGGUAUUGAGGUUGCAGUGCAAUCACAACGAGGGUCGCCGGAAGCGCCACAAGAAUGGACAGCUGGGGGCGGGUGGUGCCGGCGGCGGGGGAAGCGGAUCCGAGCACAGGGGCUCCACCAGCGGCCCCACCUUCAGUGACAAAGGGGGCGGCAGUCCGAUAUCGAAGCACGACUCUAGCGCCGGGGAAUGCGACAGUGACGAGAAGAAUCCGGACAUAAUUCCGCAGCCGAACGAUGGCGACGAGGUGUCCGGAGUUGGCGGCAUGGGUGGAAUAGGAGGAAUCGUGGGUGGAAUGGGCGGUGGUCUGAUGGGUGGGCCGACGGACUACGGCAGGAAGAGACAGCACGUCUCCACAAUAGAAACGUCCCCGAGUCGCAGCCUCCUACAUCAGGCCGGCAAUUCCGGCUACAUCGGAUAUUGUACGUUGCGUAAUGGCAUUCCAUUACAUGAGAUGUCCGCCGCCGCCGCCUCCUCCAUACCUCAGCAGCAGCAGCAACCGACGCCCCAACAAAAACUCAUACAUAAUCCGCAGAUGAUAGGUCCGUACGCUCCAUGCACACUGCCACGCCAGCCGCCCCAAUGGCAGUACGGACCUGUUUCGCAUCUGCCGCCCGGUAUGUACCCAAUUCAGUACAGGGGCGCUCAUCCGCUGAACCAGAGACCGCGCCCGGCGCCCCGAGAGGCGCCGAUUCCGAUGCAGCCCAUGAAGACGUCGACGGGUACCAGCUGCGAAGAGGAACCUUCAGCUGAUACACCUUUGAUGGUCAACAAGAGAGAGAGCACCGUUUGACAGGUCACCCCGCUGUAAACAUUUUCAAUAUUAGGUUCAUCGUUGACCCAUCAUCAUACAUCAACAUAACAUGGGAUAAUUGAAAAUCUAAGACCAAUUACUACUGCUUUCUGACUCGUCUUCUUAGUUGGAACAAUGAUCGUCUGUAUAGUCUAAAGAAAUCAAUCACACAACAGAAAUAUAUAUAUGACGACUUUGAUUCCAUCAACUGAACGAUUCUCGUUAUAUAAUUUCAACAAAAACGCAUCUGAAAUAAAUCAAUUACAUCUAUUUCAUUUCAUGCUCUAACGCAAUGUAAAUACUAUGCAGUAUACAAAUAUUUAUUCAUAUUCACAUACAUUUAACAAUAUUUGCAUUCGACCAUAACAGAUUUCAUAGAUUUUUUUAACGUAAUUUACAUAUCCAGGACAUGGACAUAAUUGAAAUAAUUUUCAAGAAAUCUCUAAGAUAAAACUUGUGUAUAAAUAUCUAAAAAAAAAUGUUUUUUUCACUGUAAUUUUACGUAGGGGGAAAAGAAAACGUUUUCUUGGUUUAAGUGAGAAGCAUUAUGCGAAGCCAAAAACGAAACACUUAAUGUUAGUUACAAAACUGAAACGUAAUGCUCAUUGUAUGCUCAAAUAUAAAUACUAAUUAUGUGAAUGG